GAAAAAGGCUUUUUCUCUUCUGGCCUUUUCACUAUUAUUACUUACUAUACACUCACUCCACAAAAGUCAGUCUUCCUUCGUUGGUUUUGAUUUUCUUUGUGGAAAAAUCCUUCCUUUGGUUUUGGUUUAGUCUCUUCGCCUUCCUUUCUCUCCAGUUUCUUGUCUCAAAACACUCUCUAAAACUCAGAACUUUGUUUCUUCUUGUUCAUAAUUGUUUUUGUCAUGGACCGCCAAGAUCAGGGAAAAAAUCAUUCCUCAGGGCAUGAGAGCCAUGGAGUUCAUUUGUGUCACAAAUGUGGGUGGACUUUUCCAAACCAACAUCCUAGUGCAAGACACAGGCGUGCUCACAAGAAGAUCUGUGGAAACAUUGAAGGUUACAAGCUAGUUGACUCAGGGGAUAUUACCCUUUCAACUGCUUCUGAUGAUGAAACACCUUCUGAUGAGGAUCACCAAUCCCCAAUUGCUCAAGUUCCAAAAGUUCUGGAAAGCGGUAGUCUGAAGAAAAGUAUCAGUGGAAUUGGAGCAAUGUCGAAUAGAUCUGAAGAUGAAGUCUUUUCAGAUGCUGCAAUGGAAUUUCAAGACAGUGGUAAGGGAAGGCAGGACAGUUUGGAUAAUGCUAGCAAAGCAGACAAGAUAGAUGAGAAGGAUCUUACUGCCACCAUUUCUUUUAAAGACUGUGAAGAUACCGAUAUUCUUCAACCACCACAGAAUCCAGCUGACACAAGCCAAAAUGUGAAUGCUGUUCUAGAAAAUAUUCCUAUUAUGUCGAGUGGCACACUGGAGCACCAAGACAUUGGCUUGAGCUAUAGUAAAGAUUCUGAUGAUAGGAAUGGUUCUGCAUGUGAUGUGGUCCUCACAAAACCAGAAACAAUAACAGGUGUCUCAGAAGAGAGCAGGAAAGUCAGUGCUGUGCAUAGUGUGGUAGAAUGCUCUAUUGAGCAAGAGACUGAUGCAAUUGAAAAUGAAAAAGGCAAGUUAAACAAAAACCUAGCGGGUGGCUCUGUUCUGCCUAGUCAACAUUGUGGCGAAUUAUCUGAAUCGGUAUUUGUGUCUGAAAAGAGACUGGAGGGAACUUCAGAUACAGUUCUGACUGAUGAUAUUGUUCAAUCAAAGGAAGAGUUUAGCGACAGGUUGGCUUCUAAGAUGGCAAUGAGUGAAAAUGGCGAGGAAGAGACUGAUGGAAAGGGAAACCCAAGAAAGAGAAACCUAAUGGAUGUUGUGGCAUCAAACUGUGAAUAUGCCAGUAUAACAUCUGAAAAGAGAGAGGAUAUAACUUCAGAGAGUGGGCUGGCUGACAAAAUUGUUGAAUUAGAGGAGAAUACUGAUAAAUUGGCCCUCAACAAGGUCAUAGAUAAUCUUUCCCUUAAAGAUGAACCUACUAAGCCAAUGGAUGUGUCUGCAGAUACCUUUCAAAUGAAGACUGAUGCAGCACAAGCUACAGACUUUGCCACUUCUGUCAAUUCAAAUGAGGUCUACGACAAAGAGGAAAAGGAAAAUGAAAGUGUUUAUGUGCUUUCAGUCCCUGAUGAUAUUCCUAUUGUUGACAAUGCUGAAAUCAAGCUUGAAGGUUUUAAAGAUCAUAAGGGAGUCAAAUUACCCCAAUUGGAGGCCUUGGCUUCUGAAGAAAUAAUCAUUGGUACGGAAUAUGAAGUCAGAGACCAUGUUUCUCAGGAGAAAUCAGAUACUUUCUGGUCAAAUCAGUUGGAUGAAAACAUUAAGGUAGAUACUUCACAAAUGCAUGAUGUUGAAGUUAGCCAUAAACUUGGUGGGGAUAAUGAGGCUAUGGUUAAAGAAGUGCUUGUUGAGGGGAAAGCUGAUGUGCUUGAGAUCAAUAAAGGGUCUAAUGCAUUAGGGUCUCCUGUUGAUGCUGAUACAAGUGAGAAUGAGAAGGACCACAAAGUCUACUCUCUUCAAGAACAGCAGCCUGUUUAUGUUACUGAUGAUUUACAUCAGACAGGUUUUUCGGGAAGCAUGAUAAAUGUUGUACCUGAUGUGAAUCCUAUGGUUCCUCCUGCAGAUGCUGAGGCCAGAAAGUUAAAUAAUGUAGUUGGCAGUGAUGAUAUGGGUAUUCCUGAAAGCACUAGAACUGGGGCAAUUGAUGUAGCAGGGAGCAACAAAGACAGGAGAAUUGAUGAUGGGAAUUAUGUGGAAAACACUGAAACAUUAUGUGAAUCUACUAAUAAUUCUUCUCUCCCCCAAACUAAUUCAGCAUCCAACUUAUUUGAAGUUGACAAUUCUAAUGAUAUUAGGACAAGAAAAGCUGAAAAAUAUGAUAUUGAUGUAGUUGAAAGUGGGGAAGGAUCGGAGGAGGGAUACAUUUCAAUGAAAACCAACUCUGCAUUUGAAUCCAGUAGCACUCAUCAUCAAUCCCCAGUUGUCACAGAAGAAGUGAAUAAUGAAUAUGUGAGAACCUUAUCUGAGACUGAAGGCCCACAGUUGGAUAGAGUUUCAAACAGUCAAGAUGACAUAAAGGAAUGCGAAAUAAAUAGGGAUAACAAGGUACAGGGAGAGUGUGCUGGUAAAGAUCUUAUGGCAUCUGCAUUAGAUCACAGUGGAGGAAAUGAAUUUGGGAGAACUUCAGAGGACCAGUUAAAGAAAGAGUUGAAUCAUUUGCCGUCAGAUGCCGAGCCUACCAGUCAAAGUUCUGGUGCUGUUGAUGAUAGCCAUACCGGAGGGUCUAGAGUGGAUGCUUCUGGGAUUAGCACCAUAACUUUGCCAGGAGAGGCUGAUAACGGCUUUGUUAAACAUCAACUUGAUACAACUGUAGUUGAUGUUUCAGUUGAAUCAAGUAGUCAAACUGAUAGUUUGGAAGGCCAAUGGGGAUCUGUUUCAGUUCUUUCAACUCAAUCAGAUUACCCAGCCGUUGUCGACACUGAAACUUUACCAUCAACUGGUUCACAUGCUUCGGCAGAAGCAGAGAAAGACAACAUAAAGAAGUCAAAACUUGCAUCUGAGGGACAACAUUUUGAUAAAUCAGAUGAAUUUGAGCCGCCAUCUUUCAUGACAUUGGUUGAGCCUGGAGGCGGUGACCAAAAAGUUGCUGCUUCUGAAAUCCAGACAGCACAAAACGAACAACACCCCAGAGCCGCACCUCUGCAAGCUGGCUGGUUUCCUUCUCUUGCUUACGUGGCAAAUGAGUCUCAAGGAAGAAAGAAGAAUGAAGAGAUCAUAGCAAAGGUAACUAACUGGAAUGCAAAGCAGCACACGCCUUUGAAGAACCUACUGGGUGAAGCCAACAGUGAAACCAAACCGAAGUCGCCUAACGCAAAAGAAAACCCAGCUGUUGUAAUUCCAAGAGAGGAAAAAGUAGCCAAAGAUAAUGGAGCGUUGGGUACCAAAGUCAGCUCAAUUCUGGGCCCUGAAACAUCUGUGGCUGAGCCAACCAAUACGGAAGCAGGGAAAGAAUGGAACUCGCCUGCAAGGUAUCCAGCUGAUAUUAAGACAGAGAAAAGGAAGGUGAAGGGUAGGCCCCUAUGGGUACAGUUUGUAUGCUGCUCAUCUGUAAAUUAGUAUUAUAAAGUUCUCCAGGACUGAAUUAAGAGACGUUACUGAGUGGGGGUGCCUUGAUGCUGCAGCAUUACUUGUAGCCAAGUGGUUUUUAGCCUUGAAUUUUGUUCAGUGUUGAAAAUUACCACCCGCAUCCAGUGUUAGUUGUAAUUUUGUGCCCAUAAGUGAACUAUUAAGUUGAGGGAUUGAACAAAUUUUAGUAAUGCUAAGCGUAUCUCGUGUUCUUUGUA